AUGGGUGAAAUGCACGAUCUCGACUGGCUCUUCGCCGUCGGUACCAUUUUCUUCUGCAUAUCAGUCUGGGCUCUCGGUGCCAACGAUGUAGCCAACUCGUACGCCACCUCCGUGAGCUCGCGUUCUCUCACCCUGGUCCAAGCGGGCAUCCUGGCUACCAUCACCGAGUUUGUCGGUGCCAUUGCCCUGGGACAGAAGGUCACCUCCACCAUUCGCGAGGGCGUUUUCUCGCUCGAUCGGUUCGAAGACUCUCCCGGCGUGUUGAUCAUGGCCAUGGUAGUCGCAGAAGUUGGAUCCGCCAUCUGGCUUACCGUCUGUACCUCGCUCGGAUUUCCCGUCUCCACUACCCAAUCUAUCAUCGGUGCCCUCAUUGGAGUAGCCUACGGCGCCCAGCUGCACGUCAAGUGGGAAUGGACCAGCAACAGUGUCUCUCAGAUUGCGGCCUCUUGGGGUAUCGCCCCUGCUAUCUCGGCCGGUUUCGGUGCCAUCAUCUUCCUUUCCAUUCGCCUUCUCGUCCACAGCCGGCCUGACCCUCUCAAAUGGGCCCUGCGUGUCAUUCCUUUCUACUACGCCAUCACCGCCGGUAUCCUCGCCCUCUUCAUCGUCGUUGAAGGGUCGAAUGGGAUCCCAUCCUUGGAGGACAUGGGUGCCGGAAAGGCCUGUGGCAUUAUCAUCGGUGUCUUUGCCGGCGUGUGGGUUGUCAGUGCUGUCUUCUUUGUCCCGUACUACUACCGCAAACUGAUCAAAGAGGACCGUCGUCUUCGGAUCUGGCACAUCCCCAUGGGUCCUCUCCUCUGGAAGGACAACUACUCCCUUUACUUUCCGGGAGAUCCCGAUAAUGAUGUGGUCCCGAACUACUACGAGUCGGACAUGAAGCUUGAUGACUCGGAUGGUAGUAUUGCCGGAGUUCACGACGAGCCGAAGCAAAUGGAGCAACAGGCGACGAUGGCGGACCCCACGAAGACCGCCGAUGCUACCGCUGCCAGCGAGCAUCAAAAGGACUUGGCCGCGGUGGAUAGCCUCGCGUGGGCCCAUCCCAAGCGGAUCUAUGCCACUCUGAAAAUGGUGUUCCUCUACGGUAUGACCCGCGACGUUAUCCACCACCAGUCCAAGGGCCUGGAAAAGGUGCACCAGCACGCCCCCGUCUUUGAUAACAAGGUGGAGCACCUGUGGACUACCGCUCAGAUCAUGUCCAUUGCGCAUGGCGCCAACGACGUGUCCAACGCCAUCGGUCCCUUCACCACCGAGUACAUGACCUGGAAAUCUGGACAGUCGAUGGCAAAGACCGAUACGCCGACGUGGAUCAAGGCCGUUGGCGGUUUGGGCCUGGGUUUUGGCUUCUGGACUUUCGGCUAUCAUAUCAUGCGCAGCCUCGGUAACCGCAUCACCAAGCACUCGCCCACCCGCGGCUACAGCAUGGAGCUGGCCGCGGCGAUCACGGUGUUGCUUGCCUCCCGUCUCGGUCUUCCGGUGUCGACCACGCAGUGCAUCACCGGUGCGGUUCUCGGUGUGGCGUUGGUCAACUACGACCUGCGCAGUAUCAACUGGAAACAGCUGCUGAAGAUUCUGCUGGGAUGGGUCUUGACCUUGCCGGUUGCGGGUUUGAUCAGCGGGAUUAUAAUGGGUAUGGCACUCAAUGUGCCUGCUUGGGGUUCUUGA